AUGCGUUUUCUCAAUCUUAUUCUCCUUGGGACCAUACUGGUUGCUGGUGCUCACGGAGCUAGUUUGGCUGUAAAACCAUGUACGGAAGCUGACAAGCAGAUGACAUUCUCGUGUGCAAGGCGUCUCGUUGAUUUCUCUAAAAAGACUCGACACAUCGACAUUGAAAAUGAUGACGAGUUAGAAAAGUUCCAUAGAGGCUGUGAGGCCCUCAGCGACUGCUACGAAAAAAUCAAUCAUUGCCCGGAUAUACAAGAUAAUAAAGAAUCGUUCGAUGAAAUGAGCACUUGGUGCUCCCUUGUUAAGUUUGUCACUCAAGAUAUGGCAGAAUGUGAGAAAAAAGUGGACAAGAAGAAGAAUUUGGCAUGCUAUAAGGGUUGGAGUCCAUUUGAUAACUAUGUCGACAUGAAGAACGAGAAAAAUGUUCAGGAUGUGUGCAAAAACUUUUUUGGAAAUGGUAAUUGUCUUAAGAAGGUGAUCACUGAGGCCUGUGGUACAAGCGAUUGGGAGAAGCUGAAGAAUAAGCUAAUGUCCAUGACUGAUAAGACCAAGGAAUGCGACUUCAAAGGAAUUAUCUGA